AUGUGCCAGAGCUCAGCAAGAGGUCAGCAUUGCGGAUCCUCAGCUUGUUCCAAUCUCAGACACCACAAACCGCACCUCUCCAGAAUCUCAUCGUUUUGUGAUGCAUGCUGUACUGCUCAGCCCGACUGCCCGCUCAUCUCCGUUUCAGAGGGCUUCUGUGAGCUGACCGGCUACGACCGCGAGACCAUUCUUGGGCAAAACUGUCGAUUUCUGAAUGAUGGUUGUGACAUCCAGCCCAGCGACAGGCAAGGCCUUCGAGUAUCUGCGCAGACUGGAAAGCAUUUUUGCGGUGUCCUGAAGAACCUCAAGGCAGAUGGGACACCCUUUCUCAACCUGUUGGACAUGCGUGGUCUCUCUGUUGGCAAAACGAAAGAUGGGGAGGAGCGCUUCUUCAUCGUUGGAAUCCAGGCAGACGUGAGCGAGCAGGGAUCGGAGGACUUGCCCCUGGAGCAUAAGACCCAGAUGCAGCACAUUGCUGCUCUGGUCCGUGAUGAGUUGACCUCUGGACUGCAGCAAGAGGCUAUUGUCACCGCUAGCAGUGCUGGGGACGAUGCUUUAAAUGACAUCACGCCGUACGAGGAGCCCAGGUGGAUACUGGGAGAGGUCUUUGAAACUCACGCCCUAGGUGGCUAA